GCGGGGCGGAGCGUUUCAAUAUGGCUGCGCCCAUAGGCUGCCAAUGCUGUCUUGAUUUCAGGGGUGCAGCUGCUGGAGUCUCCUUCCGUACAGAUGGACAGGGGAGAGUUUUUGGUCUCCUUGACGGCUGGCGGGCUGGCUGGAGUGUGCGUUGACCUGAUAUUAUUCCCUUUGGAUACAGUCAAAACUAGACUACAGAGUCUUCAAGGAUUUAAGAAGGCUGGUGGUUUCCGUGGCAUCUACGCUGGUGUUCCCUCUGCUGCUGUGGGGUCUUUCCCAAACGCUGCUGCCUUUUUUGUCACUUACGAAUAUACAAAAUCAUUGCUUCACACGAAUGGAUCUCCGUAUUUACGUCCUAUAACACACAUGCUGGCUGCCUCCUUUGGCGAAGUUGUGGCUUGUCUAAUACGGGUUCCCUCUGAAGUUGUGAAACAAAGAGCACAAGUUUCCCCUUCCUCCAGCACCUUACGGAUUCUUUCCAACACUCUGUAUGAAGAGGGUAUUCUAGGACUCUACCGAGGUUACAAAAGCACAGUAAUAAGAGAGAUUCCUUUCUCUCUUGUACAGUUUCCUCUGUGGGAGUCCUUAAAGGAACAGGACAACAAGAACGCUAGGAAAUGCAAGGAAGAUGCUAGAGAAGAAUCAAAUGUAUUUGAAUUAUUUGUACAUUUAGAAAAAUAUGUGCUAUCAUACAGCCAUAUUCUCAGGCAAGGAAUCCUUGGAGGUGGUUUCGAAUUUCUUCCUCUGAAAUACAGCCUACUGCAUCUGGAUUUCUGGUCAUGGAAGCAAGGACACGUGGUCGAUUCUUGGCAGUCUGCAGUCUGUGGAGCUUUUGCAGGUGGAUUUGCAGCUGCAGUCACCACCCCUCUGGAUGUAGCCAAGACAAGAAUUAUGCUGGCAAAGACUGGCUCCAGAAAUGCAAGUGGGAAUGUAUUAUCAGUUCUGCAUGGAGUGUGGAGGACACAAGGGAUACCAGGGUUGUUUGCAGGCAUUGUCCCUCGAAUGUCUGCCAUCAGUCUUGGAGGUUUUAUCUUUCUUGGGAUGUAUGACAAGAUCCGCAGUUUGCUUUUGUGAAUUGGCUCUGGGGCUUGAAGAAAACAGCUGAGGAAAAUGCUCUCUUCUCUUCUUGCCCCUGCAGAUGAGGAAAAAAUAGAAAAGAAAGUUAUUCAUUUGCUUUCCCACAAUUUUUCUCCCGCCCCCCCCUUCAACCAUCCCACUCCCCAUCCUGCCUCCUGUGGCUUCACAGCUGUUCAACAGCCUGGACUCUAUUCUCUCUAUUUAAAAAAAAGAAAAAGAAACCCCUUAAUUCUGUUUCUCUAAUAUAAAAUUUCCGUGUAUGGAAACCCCUGUUCUAGUGGUGAGGUCAUUGGAAGGAGUGUGCCAAGAAAGGCAAAUUUUGGGGAGCAUGCGGCUCAUUUUAUGCGCUCCAGCCUUGUGCCUGAAAGGCAUCAUUAUUAGAACUUGUUUAGGGAGAAUGAUGUGCAAACAAGAAGAACAUGGCCUGCAUAAUAUGGCACAAAUCAAAGGAGACUUCCUUCAAAUGUGGCACCGGAAUCAUGGCAUUGAGGAGGACUGCCCUGUUUGCAUUUCCAAAGGCUGGGCCUGCUAUGCUCCAAGGGACAGGCGGAAGAGGCUCUGUGAGGGUUUCUUUUUCAAAAAUGUCUACGUAAGGGGAAAAGGCCAUUUGUUUCUUUUCUGAACCCCAUUUGGAAAGUUUAGACCACUGUUCAUACCUGCAGGUGCAUAGCAAGCAUUCUUGCUUGGAUAAGCAAGGCUGCCUUUUUUAAUUAGACUCAGAUUUCUCCAGUAAAAGUACAAUGUUGUAUUAUUUUACUGUCUAACAAUGUUGCCUAUGAAAAAGAAACAAAGCCCUGGUUUUCCUUUUUCGUUCCCACCCUUUGGUUCUACUUCAGCCUAGUCUCACACACCAGGAAAAAAAGAGGAUGGCUGCCAGGGGGCGAGAAUAAAGAAUGGGUCCGGAAAGGAUGCUUUUCCUCACUUGAAUGAAAAGGCUGCAAUUCACUGCCUUGCUUCUAAGAUAGCAACAUUCACAUUAGUUGGACUGCUCCUGAGUGAGUGAGUGAGUGAGUGGGUGGGUGAAUGAUAGGUGGCGGUUUGUAGCGUGCUCUCCAGAGUUGUAGAGCAAAUUCAUUUUGGGUUUUUAGAGCUCUCCUUGAUAAACUGGUCUUGAAGCUUUGGGAAGAAUUUCAAAAGCAGCCUGGGAUGUGAGAAGUGCUGCUCCAUUCAUCCUGGCUGCAUGGGUGUUUUGAAUGCUCCCUUCCCCUAGUGAAAUUAGUGAGCUUAUUCCACUAAGAGGCUGAUUCCAGACUUACAUCAUGACUACUUCAAGUCCCACUGAUACUCUGCUCAUGACCACAAUCUUACUAGGGGUGUGCUCCACCAAGUUCAAGGGGAUGUAACUCCAAGCAGAUACUUGUAUAAGAUGGUGGAGUCAGGGUGUGAGAUCCCAAUUUAAGUAGAACCAGUAGCUUACAGUUGUGUGUGUUGUGUACUUUUAAGUUGUUUCCAACUUACGAGCAGUUGAAAUCAUUAGGACUUGAAUAAAUCUUCCCUUUGAUUUCAACUGGGUUACUUUAAAGAGAACGUAAGUCUGGAUCAGCUGCCUGAAUCCAUCAUCUUACAGAUGUCUGCUUUGAAGUCUGUCCCAUUGAACUCGGGGAUUGCUCCCAGUUGAGUGACUAUUGGGCUACAUUGUUAAAUUGACAUGUAUAAGGAUGGUGUACAUAUGUUCAAGAGGUCUUUUAUUCUGUAGAGGUGAACAAAGUGAGGGGUGGCACAGCUUAUGUGGAAGCCAUGUGUUUUUGACUAUCACCUUCCUUGAACCUAACAGUGAAUUAAUUCCCAGAUUAGGUAGGUAGAAAAAAUAGCACCAAACAAUAGUCUUCUGGGGCCUUAAGGCUUCCUGGACCACAUAAAAUCUUAAGGUCCCUCCACUUACAGUUCUUUCCCUAAACUACCUAGUGUGAAUGGCCAUGCUCAGUGGUCACAGGAUACUGACUUAGGAGGUAAGUGAAGCAACAGAGAAAGGGGGGAAUAGUAUGGCAUGGCUUGAAUACAUGCUACCUUGCAACCUCUCCUUUUUUGUAGUCCACUUACAUUCCAACUGUCUUCUCUUACAAUCUGGUGAAGAGAGUCACUCUGCAAAGGGUCAGAUGUACUUUUUCCAGGCUGUUAAAGAGAUUAUAUUUUGUCCUGUCUUAAGUGUUCCAACCUCAUUCCUGGCUCACGUUAAGCUAUGACUAGUGCUUCGUGGCGGGAACAUGUUCUUCACACCCAGGUCCUUCAGGAGACAAGAAUGACAAAAUCCAAAUUAUCAGUUGCCCUUGAUGUGGAGGUGGUGGUGAGCAGCAGGAGGUAGUUUUUUCUUCACAUGAUGUGUUUUGCUCUUCACCCUCUUUCCUUUCUGUAAUUCAGCAAAGGCUUUCAAGUACACCUGAAAUUUUCAGGACCCAUGCUCAGUUCUGCAGGCUAAGAAACUGAAUUUGUCCAGAGUACGAAAUUUAAGCCUGGAAGUAAUGACACGUUCACUGAGAUCUCUCCUUUCACAUUUACUGUUGGGGAAAUUGUCUGGUUUCUACGUUUUGCCAAAUCUAUCCUCUCCCUGUUAUUAAGAGGCCCCUCCCUCCUCAACUGUCAUCUUGGCCUCAGAGGGAGCGAUCAGGCAGACCCAGCUCCAUCAGGGACAGCCUGAAGGAAGAGGCCCCUCCCUCCUUAACUGUCCUCUUGGCCU